AUGGGCCGUAUUUUUUACGAACAUUUGGGUGGGAAACGCGUUUUCUCGUGUGCAACAUGUGAAAUGUAUCUGUCAAAUCGUCAUGAAGUUUUAUCGACCAAUUUUAGAGGUGCAACCGGUCGAGCAUACUUGUUUCGACGAGUGGUGAAUAUUCGAGAAUCAGAUGUGGAAUCGAGGGAGAUGAUGACUGGACGACAUCUAGUAAGAGACGUUUUCUGCAAGAGGUGUAACACGAAACUUGGUUGGAUGUAUGAGUUCGCUGUUGAACCUGAUCAAAAAUACAAAGAAGGUCGUGUCAUAUUGGAACGACGAUUAGUGAGAGAAUCAGAAGAGUUUGAUGAAUCGUUAGCACAACGAUAUGAUAUCGAAACAAGCAGUGAAGUGAGUUCUAUUACAGUAACGUAA